AUGAUUGUGGCCUGUCAAGCGAAGCACAAAGAGGACGAGAUUGCAAUUACUUUUGCUCUCAGUGUUGUUUUUGUUUUUGUUGCUGCUAAGGCUGCAGCCACAACUCUACUCCUGUCACUUCCGUCGCCUCCUCCCACGGCUCUUAUUGUCAGUGUUGCUAUUCUUAAUCUUGCUAUUAAUACCAAAGGUUCCUGGCAAUAUGGUAGCCCAGCGGAACAGUGUCAGGCCGAUAUACUUGGUCUGACCAAACCUUGA